CAUUACAGAUUCCGCUGUUCGUGACCGAGGACCGAGUCUGUCUCUGCCUCUCUCUCUGUGUGUGGAUAUUAUAUUCCCUUGCAUAUUAUCAAAAGCAACAUUCAAUAAUCGACCAAUAAACAAAUAAACAAUAUAAAAACAAACAAAUAAGUGCUAUCAACAACUAAAAUACCUAUUGUUUCAUAUUUAUUUAAAAUAAAAUAUGAAAACUUACAGUAGAAGAAAGGGUGAUAGCCCAAGUAACGUAAUUAUACACGUCAAUGAAUUGUGCCGACUAUGUUUAACCAAAGAGGAUGAAAUGGUGCCGAUUUACGAUGACGACGCGGUGCCUUUACCACUACGUAUUAUGGCCUGUGUUAAUCUUGAGGUUUUUGAAGAGGAUGGUUUGCCUAAUAUGAUUUGUCAAGCUUGCAAAUAUCAGUUGGAAAAAUCAUAUCAAUUUAGAAAAAAAUGUGAAGCAUCUGAUACAAAAUUGCGUAGACAUAUGAAGGAAAUUCAUCGUUUGAGUGGUCAAACUGAUGGUACUGAUGAUAAUCAAGAAAACAUCAAUGAAGAAGACAUAAAAGAAUCUUCAUUGAGAAGUGGAAAAUCAAGAAAAAUUAAACAAUUAUUGACUGAUUUAGCAUCACCAAAACCUGAUGAUAAUCAAGAUGAUGGUGAUCCAAUCAAUGUCACAGAAGAAGAAUUGGUUGGAGGAUAUAUUUUAGGUAUGGGUGCUGAAAUGGAAAAUGAUGAUAAUGCACCAGAGGAUCCAUCAAAUAUAACAUUAAAUAUAUCAGAAGAAACACAAGCUAAAGCACGUUGUACAAUACGUGGAACUCGUAUUAAAGAAGAAGUACGAGAACAAGAAUCUGAUGAUGAAGGUGAAGAUAUACAAGGUAUGAUGCCAGAUAAUAGAACAAAAGUAUUUAUUAUGGAAGCAUCUGAACAAUCAUCAUCACGUAGUGAAAUGAAAUUACAACCAAUUGAUGAAUCAAUGGCUGAAGCAAAUGAAGAAAUUAAAGUAUUUAAAUGUGACAAGUGUCCAAAAGCAUUUACACGUAGAAUAAUGCUUAAAAGUCAUGAAUCUGUACAUUCAACACAACGUGGUUUUACAUGUCCAGCAUGUGAAAAAUGGUUUCCAACAAAAUCAGCACUUAUACGUCAUGAACGUACACAUACUGGUGAAAAACCAUUUGCUUGUAAUAUAUGUCGUCGUGCAUUUGCACAAAAAGAAAUUUUAUUACGUCAUUUAAUGACACAUUCUGGUGAUAAACCAUUUAGAUGUCAAGAUUGUGAUAAAAGUUUUACACAACGUGAAGCAUUACGUGUACAUAUGAGACGUCAUCAAAAACUUGAUCCAAAUGAUAUACAAUUACAUCAUUGUCAACUUUGUCCAAAAGCAUUUUGUCAUGCAUCUGGUCUCAGCAGACAUUUGGUAACUCAUACUGGAAGAACAUAUAAAUGUGUUGAAUGCGAAAAAACAUUUACUGACAAGAGCUCAUUACUUCGACACAGCCGAAUUCAUGCACCUAAAAAGACAUUGUAAAAAUAUUAUAUCAAAACAUUAUUUUUCUCUUUUUUUUUUUUUUUUUCUUCUCGACAAAUAGUUUAUUUGUUACUAACACAAUAUUAUUAUUAUUAUUAUUUUGAUUUGUAACUAAUUCUCUGGAUAAUUUG